ACUCUGAGCCCCGCGCCGCCGUCCCUGGCUGGCUUUGGCACCGGGCCCGACAACCCACGCCCGUCUCGGGGUUCCCCGUGCCCAGCGAUUGGCCAGGGGCUCCGGCGGCGGGCCACGACCGGGAGCCUUCUGCGGGACGGGUGCAGGGGGCUGGAGGUGGACGCGCACGGGGCCCUGCUGGUCACUGGCCUCCCCGAGGGUCAGGAGCCUGCGGCCAUGGAAGCCGUCCUGCGGCCGGCCUUGCGGCCCCUCGGCACGUGCAGGCUCCGGAACACCAGCGCUGGGAGCCGGCGCGGCCCGGCCGCCCUGGUGGAGUUUGUGGAGACAUCGACACGCCGCCACCCCAGGGAUCCGGCGGAGGACGGCGUCCGGAGGGUCCUGUGCCGGGAGCGCGAGGACUGGAAAGUGCUGCGGCGGAUGGGGCGCUUGCUGCUGGACGACGGCCCCGGCCCGGCAGGCGCUGAGGCCGGGACCCCUGGGGACACGCCCCCCCCCCCUUGGGAGGCCCAGGCCCAGGGGCAGGUGGCCAGGAGGGGCCGCCGGGGUGGCAGCAACAGGGCCAGAGGCAACCUGCUGGCCCUGGAGGGUAAGAAACGGGGCCGAGGAGGGGCGGCCGCGGCGCGGCAGGAGGCCGGGGGCUCUUCCGACGGGAGCCUGGGCGUCGUGAUCCGGGCCGUGGCCCGAGGCCGGGGCGGGGACGCCGAGCAGAGCGCGCUGCCCGCCACGCUGCGGGCCGCGGCCGGGGAGCUCGUGAAGAAGUGGGGCCUCCAGAGCGAAGUGGGGGCCCGCGACGGGCCCCGCGAGUUCUUGGCCCUGGUGACGGGGACGGACAAAGCCAAGAAAGAGGAGCUGGAGAAAGAGCCGCCCGGGGCGGAGUCCGUCGGCCUGAACCUCGAAGACGCGCGGAGCGGCCUCCCCGAAUCAGCGGCCCUGCUGGCGGCGAGGGAGGCCGGGGCGAGCAGCCCGGACCGCGGCGCUCCCGAGAGCGAGUCGCAGGAGAGCGGGACCUGGGAAGAGAUGGACAACCCCGAGUCUGGGGCCAUCGUGGCUUAUACGGAGCCCCCCGACCCCGCCGCGGAGGAGACGUUGAAAAUGGCUUCUGUGAUCCAGGCGCUGGGCUGGAACAGGAACGACAGGCGGGACGACCGCCCCCAGCUCGCGUCCGUCAUGGCCGAGGGCGCCUCGGGCACGCGGAAGGUGGAGGCGGCAGGUGGGGAGGUGGGCGCCAUGGUCCUGAGGAAGGCCAAGGGCGGGAACCUUCUGGAAUGCUUUUCCACCUUGGCUGAGCCGGAGGCCGUCCCCAAGGGAGGAGGGCGCAGCGUGGCCUCCUCCGAGGCCGGGUGGAGGACGAGGACGCGGAGGGGGCCUCUGGGGGAACCUGGAGGGGCGUGGUGGCGGAGGAGAAGGGAAACGCCCGGGGGGGGGGCGGGAAGUGCAAAUACGCCGGGGGCACCUGGGGGGGUGAUGGCGCUGCCCGCUGCGCGGGAGAACUUGGAGUCGGAGGAGUCGGAGGAGGGGGCGUAGGAAGGAGAAUCCCAAGAGGCGUCUGAGGCCGCGGAGAGCGAGGAGUCGGCGUCCCAGGACCCGGCGUGCAGGAGGCCGCGGGCCAAGCGGGCGCGCACAGGUCCGGCCGGCGGCGCUCGGGGCCCCGCGCCCUCAGGGGCUCGAACAGCCCGAGCGCGAGGCAAGAAAAAGAGGACCUGGGCGGCCGCUGGUGCCCACGCCGAGGUCGGCGAGACCAGGGCGCAGCCGCCCGCCGGCUCCAGAUCGGCGCGUGGGAAGAAGCCUCGGCGGGGCCGGAGGCUGCCCCCCAAGUGUCGCUAGGGGAGCCCAGAGCCCGCGAGGCGCAGAGCGCUGCCCCAACCUCCCGCCCGCUACUCGCUCCUGUUGCAGAGGCGAUUCCCCGCUGCGCCCGGACGGGGUCGCGACCGAAAUGGAGGGAAACACAAAAGCGACCCCGGGGGGGCGCAGUGUUGGUGUCGGGGGUCAUAGCGGGCGGCUUGGCGCAGGGUGCCCCCAUCCCUCCUUAGCACUCGGGUGAACGGCCCGGGGCAGGGCAGAACCAGUGGGGUAUUCUGGCUCUGAAGGUGUCAGGCCCUCGCUUCUGGCCAGGACCGCCUUCCCCAGCCCUUCCGCGGGUGAUCGCCUGGACGCGAUGGCGGCGCUGGGGCGUCCGUGCGCAGCUGACUGGAGGCUCAACCGGCCUCCCUAAGGUAUGAUGCCAGAAAGGGAAACCCCAGGGGGCGGGGCGCUUCUGGGGAAGGAGGGGAGCAGUGGCCACCACCACAGGGUGAAGGGGAGUGGGGCAAGUCCCGGCAGCCCCACUGGACACCCCCCAAGUCCUCUUGUCCUAUGUGUACCUGUCUCUGCAUUCCUGUCCCCAGGAGGUGGCCAGCCCUUGGGGACCCCUCACAGCCCCCUUGGGCUGUCCUAACCCACCUCUGGUCACUAGGUGUAGAAGCAGAUGCGGGUUCUGCUGCUGGUGGCUCAGAGGUGGCCCCUCCAGGCCGCAGCACCACCCUGGACAGGACGACCUCACCCGAGAACAGGUCGGCGGGCUGGGACGCAGCCCCCUCCUUGCUAGCACUGCUAGCCUUGGGGGUCUGGUCCUGGGCAGCUGCCAUGGGGGUGUGGUACAAGCCCUCCCCCUCCCCCCCCCACUAGGAGGUGUAGAUACCCCUUUCCCCAUGUCACCUGGAUCCUUCAGUAAAGUGA